AUGGAGUUAAUGAUGAGGUUACUAAUGGUGUGGCCAUCUCAAAGGACAGUCCCCCAGUCGAGUGCAGCAGAUGAUCUGGCUGAAGCCCACGAGCCUGAUUCACCUACCCAUACUCCAUCUUCGGGGGCACUCUCGCUCAUCAAGUCGAAAGCUGACUCCGAAAAUCUUGGUAUUGAGCAGGCGAGCUCGGGAAGUAAUGAGGCCGAAGGAUCUGUGGACGUUCCACUCAACUGGGCUGAACAGUUGACCCUUUUCGGAAAGGCCUAUUACGCUCGACUCUGCCAACACACAUCGGCAUUCGACGAAGAGUGCACCUUCUGCUGGCAAGGCACCACCCUACGGUGUACUGGUUGUGGUGCUCGCUUUUGCACAACCGACUGCCGUAAUAUGGACCGGAAAUUCCACAAGCGAGUGUGCAAGCAGUUCGGAGCAUUUGAUCCUACGACGCGACCUUCGAGCGAUCAUUUCCUUGCCAUGGUGAUACCUAUGACACGCCAGAACCCCGACCUCGUCUGGUGCCAGCUAGUCGGACCAGAGAAGAAGCUCCGACUCGAACACGAUGAAAUUUCCGACUCUGUCAAGAAUUUUGGCGAAUUCAUUUCUCUCAAGGGAAAGGCGUUCCAUGUCAAUGGGAGCCCCGGAACUUCUCUGGCCACCAUUGGGCAUGGUCUGGCAAUGGUAGAUGUCUAUGGCUUGAAAUCGUCGGAGAAGCUCGGCUUGUCGCAUGUAAACCAGUGCCUUCACAGCCUUACCGCUCCUGGUGCCCUAAGAUUCCGCACAGGUCCAUGGAUCGCUUUUGCUUUCAAGUCGGAUGAGUCCGGCCUGCCCCAAAAGGGCCUCGAUGUGGUCCCAAGAGACUGGCGCUAUAUUGUUGACCACGUUGUUUACGACCCCUCGAAUGCCUUUUACGGGGAACCUCCUAGAACCCGUACGAAGCCUGUGACCUUUGGGGUGAAGCUCAACAAUAUCGACCACCCUAUCAUCUCUUUGGUCACGGGUAUUAAGCAACCACUUGAGGACGUUUGCGUACCUAUCUUUGAAUGGCCUGACACCGGACCAUCUGCUCUUGCCUUCCAGAUCGGCUUACCUUGGAAGAUACGGUACAUCAUGAAGGAUGGGGACGGUGCCUCUAAAUGGGUCACGGUUGAAGAAACUGGGGUUAUGACGUUCAUUGCCUUCUCUUACGGAUCGGACCGCCUUGUUCACUCCGAGCACAUUAAGGCAUUCAAUAAAUAUCUCGACUUCUCGCUGGGGCGGAAGAUUGUGCCGUCUCGAGUGGGUUUCAUGGACUACUGGGAGAAGCACCGUCAGGUAUUGGUUGCGAAGACCAACCGAAAUAUCAUUGCAACCCCAUACCAUGGACCCCCUAACCUAGAGGAACUCAUCCAGUUUGGACACGAGGAUGACGCGAAGAGAAGAGGGGUGAUGAAUUUGAUGGGGCACUUCGCCGCCAAGGGUUUCUUAAUGGCUGUUCACGAGGAGAACGGUGUUUUCGUUCCCGACGAGAUCACCGCUCCCUUUGACAGCGAGGGUGCUUAG